AUGGAUUCACAGGUUAUUGGAUGUCCGUUCGUCAAUACCGUUCUGUCGGAUGUUGGCUGUUGUAAUCAUUUUCCCCGUCCGUUCGUAGAGGUGGUCCUCUUCUUCUCACACUUUCUUCUUCUUCUUCUUCUUCUUCUUCUUAUUAUUAUUAUUAUUAUUAUUAUUACUAACUUUCUUCUUUUUAUUCAUUCUUUUUUUCUUCUGAAUCGCCGUUUUAUUCUUCCUCUUCUUUUCCCUCCUAAUUCUACAUCUCAUUUCUUUUGUGUUUGUCCUUCCUGUUCAAUAUUUCUGAAGCAUCGUUCAAUUCUUCAAUUCAUUCAUUCAUUCAUUCAUUCUUCUUCUUUUUCUUCUUCUUCUUUUUCUUCUUCUUCUUUUUCUUCUUCUUCUUCUUCUUCUUCUCUUUCGUCUUUUUCUUCUUUUCCUUCUUCGUCUUCUUUUUUCUUCUUCUUCUUCGCAUUCUUCUUCUUCAUCGCAUUCUUCUUCUUCUUCGUCCUUUUUACACAUUUUCAUUCUGAAUCUAUUAACGAGUUUCUUCCGCUUCAUAAUUUUUUCGCCUUCUCUCUAUUUUUCUCAUUUUGUUCGUAUUCUUCUUCUUCUAAUUCUUCUGCGUCUUUUCAUUCUUCUACUUCUUUUCAUUCUUCUUCUUCUGUUCAUUCUCCUUCUUUUUAUUCUUCUUCUUCAUUUCUUUCUUCUUUUUCUUCUUCUUUUCCUUCUUGUUCUUCUUUUCAUUCUUCUUCUUUUUAUUCUUCUACUUCUUUUCCUUCUGGUUUUUCUUCUUCUUCUUUUUCUUCUUCUUCUUUUUCUUCUUCUUCUUCUUCUUCUUUUUAUUCUUCUUAUUUUCAUUCUUCUUCUUCUGUCCAUUCUUCUUCUUCUUUUCAUUCUUCUUCUUUUCCAUCUUCUUUUUCUUUUUAUUCUUCUUUUUCUUCUUCUUUUCCUUCUUCUUCUUUUCCUUCUUCUUCUUUUCAUACUUCUUCUUUUUCAUACGUCUUCUUUUUCAUACGUCUUCUUUUAAUUCUUCUUCUUUUCAUUCUCCUUCUUCUUCUUCUUCCUUUCCUUCUUCUUUUCAUUCUUCUUCUUCUUUUCAUUCUUCUUCUGUUCAUUCUUCUUCUUCUUUUCCUUCUUCUUUUUCUUUUCAUUCUUCUUCUUCUUUUCCUUCUUCUUUUCUUUCUUCUUCUUUUCAUUCUUCUUCUUUUCAUUCUUCUUCUAUUUUCCUUCUACUUCUUUUCAUUCUUAUUCUUCUGUUCAUUCUUCUUUUCCUUCUUCUUUUCAUUCUUCUUCUUUUCAUUCUUUUUCUUCUUCUGUUUCUUCUUCUUCUUUUAA